CAACAAAUACACAAGCCCUGAAGCAAAACAAAUCAAUAUUUUAUUACCUUUUGAAGCAAAAGCUAGGGUUUUUUUCUCUUCUUGAAAAUGCCAUUGAAGAAGAUGACCAAAGAAGAUGAUUGUUGUUUAUUCGCUGAAGAAUACGAUGGUCCUCCAUUAUCAUACAAUAUUCCUUGUGCUGUUCCGAUUAACGUUGAGAAAAUCCCCGUCGCCGCCGUUGUUUCUCCGGUUUGUAUUUCUGAUAACAUGUCUUUCCCUGUGAUUCAACCGAUUUUAGCUGUGGAGAGUAGUAAGAAGUUUCUGAGAGAUUCGGUUUCUCCUACUUCUGUUAUUGCUAAUUGUGGAUCUAAUGAGCUUGAAUUGGUUUCUGAUUCAAUCACUGUUUCGCCUACUUCGGUUAUUGAGCAUACGGAGGAAGAAGAAGGUGGUGAUGGUGAGGAUUGUGGAAUAAGUAGCUCUGGAGAGUUAUUGUUGAGGUCUUGUUCUGUUAGUUUUGAUCAAUCUAGGGUUAGUUGUUCAGUGAAAGAGAGCUUAGAUUUGAAUGAAUCGUCGAACCCGUUAGUACCGGAUUGGGAAUCGAAUGAGUCGGUUUUGAGUAUGGAUUAUCCGUCUUCUCGGGUUACUGGCGAUUGUGUUAGUGAAAGUAAUGGAGAUGGUAAGAAGCAACCAGUUGUUACUUUCUUAGGUAUUGCUUCUGAUGAUGGAUUUGAGGAGGAGGAGAGUUGUAACCAGAAGCGGGUUCGGGUUGUACCGGUUAAGAAACAGCCUCAGACGAAAGGUAAAAAGGGGUCUUGUUAUCGGUGUUUUAAAGGAAGUCGGUUUACGGAGAAGGAAGUGUGUCUUGUUUGUGAUGCUAAGUAUUGUAGCAGCUGUGUGCUUCGAGCUAUGGGUUCUAUGCCUGAAGGAAGGAAAUGUGUUACUUGUAUUGGGUUUCCGAUUGAUGAAUCGAAGCGAGGGAAUUUAGGGAAAUGCUCAAGGAUGCUUAAGAGGCUGCUUAAUGAUUUGGAGGUUAAACAGAUUAUGAAGACUGAGAGGUUUUGUGAAGCUAAUCAAUUACCGGCCGAGUAUGUGUAUGUUAAUGGACAACCUCUCUACCCUGAAGAGCUGGUUACACUUCAGACUUGCUCUAAUCCUCCGAAGAAGCUGAAACCGGGGGACUAUUGGUAUGAUAAAGUGUCUGGACUUUGGGGAAAGGAAGGAGAGAAGCCUUAUCAGAUUAUUAGUCCUCAUCUGAAUGUUGGUGGUCCUAUUAGUCCAGAAGCUAGCAACGGAAACACUCAAGUUUUCAUAAACGGACGCGAGAUUACAAAAGUGGAGCUACGAAUGCUGCAGUUGGCAGGAGUUCAAUGUGCGGGUAACCCUCAUUUUUGGGUUAACGAAGAUGGAUCGUAUCAAGAAGAAGGACAGAAGAAUACCAAAGGAUACAUAUGGGGCAAGGCUGGGACCAAGUUACUAUGUGCUGUAUUGUCACUUCCUGUACCAUCAAAAUCUACCGCGAAUGCUUCUGGGGAACAACUCUUUAGCGCAAAUAGUAGAAGCAUUCUGGACCAUCUUGAGCAUAGGACUUUACAAAAAAUCCUUUUGGUUGGAAACAGAGGUUCUGGAACUAGUACCAUAUUCAAGCAGGCAAAGAUCCUUUAUAAGGAUGUGCCAUUCUUGGAAGAUGAGCGUGAAAAUAUAAAGGUGAUAAUCCAGACCAAUGUGUAUGGUUAUCUCGGUAUGCUUCUUGAGGGCCGGGAGCGGUUUGAAGAAGAAGCUCUUGCUGUCAGGAAUACGAAGCAGUGUGUCAUUGAAGAUAUUCCUGCAGAUGAAGAAGAUGCUAUAAGCAACAAGAAAACCAUGUACUCCAUUGGCCCAAGGCUUAAAGCAUUUUCUGAUUGGCUAUUAAAGACUAUGGCUGCUGGAAAUCUUGGGGUCAUUUUCCCUGCAGCUUCUCGUGAGUAUGCGCCACUGGUUGAGGAGUUAUGGAAAGAUGCAGCAAUCCAAGCUACAUACAAGCGAAGAAGUGAGCUAGGUCUCCUUCCGAGUGUUGCUAGUUACUUCUUGGAACGGGCUAUUGACGUGUUGACACCAGAUUACGAGCCAUCGGAUUUGGAUAUAUUAUAUGCAGAAGGAGUCACUUCGUCCAGUGGUCUAGCAUGUCUCGAUUUCUCAUUUCCACAGACUGCAUCCGAAGAGAAUCUUGAUCCUUCCGAUCACCAUGAUUCCUUGCUCAGGUACCAGUUAAUUAGAGUACCCUCGAGAGGCCUCGGGGAAAACUGCAAGUGGAUAGAUAUGUUUGAAGACGUCGGGAUGGUUGUGUUUGUUGUUUCCAUGAGUGACUAUGACCAGGUUUCAGAAGAUGGAACCAACAAGAUGUUACUCACAAAGAAACUCUUUGAAAGCAUUAUCACUCAUCCCAUCUUUGAGAACAUGGACUUCCUCUUAAUACUCAACAAGUACGAUCUCUUGGAAGAAAAAGUAGAACGUGUUCCUCUGUCACGCUGCGAGUGGUUCCAAGACUUCAAUCCUGUGGUCAGUCGUCACCGUGGUUCCAACAACGGUAACCCCACUUUGGGUCAGCUCGCCUUCCACUUCAUGGCGGUUAAGUUCAAGCGGUUUUACUCUUCCUUGACCGGGAAAAAGCUGUUUGUUUCUUCAAGCAAGAGUUUAGACCCAAACAGUGUCGAUUCGUCGCUCAAGUUAGCUAUGGAGAUUCUGAAAUGGAGCGAGGAGAGAACAAACAUCUGCUUGAGUGAAUACUCAAUGUACAGCACUGAGCCAAGUUCCUUCUCAAAUUGAUUGAUGUUUUCUAAUGUAAAUUGUAACAACUUUCUUGUGUAUAGAUUUGCCACGUAGAGUUUUAACAAAGUACUUACGCAUCA